AUGGCACCUUCGAUGAGCUUUCCAAGAUCCUAUGCACCUGACGGUAUUUAUUUCCGUCAACUUGCUGUAUCACCAGAUUACUCUAAUCAACAUGGUGGUGCAAUGCUAGCAACGUGGAGUGCAUCAUCUGUUCCUGUCCUUAAACUACAAUCCACCUCUGCAGAUUCAUUCUUACCAUGUGUGGAUUUUGAUCGCUCUGUGCCUUGGGUAAAGUUACCGUACCCGGCUAUAGAUAUAGCCUGGUGUCCUUUUAAGGAAGGUGACGGCUACGCCUCAUUUCUUACGGCGUGUAAUAGUUGUCCUUUACAGUUGUGGGAUGUGGAAGAUGCAUCUCUUCGGGCCUCUUACUGUUGCAGGAAUGAUGCUGGAGUGCCAGCACAUCCUCAUUCUAUUUUAUGGUCGGGGCGUCGAUCUUUAGUGGCUGCGGGUUAUGGUGGGAUUGAAGAUAAGACUCAUGUUCGUUUCUUUGAUAUUCUUCAAGAAGGGACUACUGUGCAGUCUUCUUAUGCAUCUCCAUGCUCUAAGGGGUUUGUCUCGGCAUUAGCAGAUGGUCCAACACCAUAUCAGGAAAAUUUGAUAUUAGCCGGUUUUAUUCGUUCUGGUAAUGUUGAUAUAGUUGAUACACGACAUUGUGGAGCUGCCGCGGUGUUGCGUGGAUUAAAGUCUGGUGUUUCACAGAUUAUGGUUCACCCAAUCUCGGAAUAUUUAGUUUAUGCAGCAGGACGAGUAGGGGAUAAAAGAAUAGUUUGUUGGGAUAUUCGAAAGAGCACUCAGCUUCUCACAACCUUUGAUCGUGAGUUGCGAACACAACAACCAGCAAUGUUUGGUUUCAUUCAACGGAAAGGUGAAGGGACUCAGUCUGUGGAUCUCGUCACAGCAACACACGAUGGGGGAGUUUUGGUGUAUGAAGGAAAUACUACUACUACUACUACUACUAAUAAUAAUAAUAAUAAUAAUAAUUAUACGGCGUCUUCUUCUUCUCUUUCUCAUACGAAUGAACCACGUCGGAUUCAGGCAGCGUUAGGACCAACAAGUGGUUUAACUGUUCUUGACAGUAAUGGCACUAUUGCCGUAACAGUGGGAGAACGCCAGUUUGAUGUGAAGGAUCAGUAUGAAUCCAACGCUGGAUCACCGCAGAUGACAGAGAGACGUGGUAAGAGAAGUCGUACACCACUUGAAGAUCACGAUUUGUCGAGCGAUAAUGAAUGUGAAGAAAAAGAAAAGAAUGCUGGAAGUAUCGUGGUGUUCCGUGAGUAG